AGGAUGUACGCGCCGCAGUCGUCCCGCGGCGCCGCCUCCGCCGCGGACCAGCCUAGGGUUUACCAAGUCUGGCGGGGAAGCAACGAGUUUCUUUUGCAAGGGAGGUUCAUAUUUGGACCAGAUGUGAGAUCACUGUUUCUCACUAUAUUCCUCAUUCUUGCACCAGUGUUGGUCUUCUGUAUAUUUGUGGCCAGACAUCUAAUCAAUGACUUUCCUAAUAACUGGGGGAUUUCAGUUGUGGUUGUAGUGGUUGUCUUCACAGUAUAUGAUUUGACCCUGCUGCUUCUUACCUCUGGUAGAGAUCCUGGUAUAGUGCCUCGUAACACCCAUCCUCCUGAACCUGAACCCUGUGAUUUGCACAAUGACACUGGAAAUGGUCAGACUCCACAACAACUACGCUUGCCACGAACGAAGGAUGUUUAUGUAAAUGGAGUCGUUGUAAAGGUCAAGUACUGCGACACCUGCAUGCUGUAUCGACCACCUCGAUGCUCUCACUGCUCUAUCUGUAACAACUGUGUGGAGCGUUUUGAUCAUCACUGUCCUUGGGUUGGUCAAUGCAUAGGACUGCGUAAUUAUCGUUUCUUCUAUAUGUUUGUAUUCUCAACUACAUUACUCUGCCUCUACGUAUUUGGCUUCUGCUGGGUGUACAUAAUCAAGAUCAGAGACGCAGAAGAUUCAUCGAUUUGGAAGGCAAUGUUGAAGACACCAGCCUCCAUGGUUCUGAUCAUCUACUGCUUCAUUUGUGUGUGGUUUGUCGGUGGUCUUUCUGUCUUCCAUUUCUACCUGAUAAGCACCAACCAGACUACCUAUGAGAACUUUAGGUAUCGGUAUGACCGACGGGCUAACCCACAUAAUAGAGGUGUUGUGAACAACUUCCUGGAGACCUUCUGCACUGCUGUCCCUGCUUCUAAGAACAAUUUCCGAGCAAGGGUCCCAGUAGAGCAAAGUUUGCAGCAAUCACGUGCACCAACUAGAGGUUUCAUGAGCCCAAACAUGGGCAAACCUGUUGGCGAUCUUGAAUUGGGCAGGAAGCCAGUAUCAUGGGACGAACCUCGGUCAGGGGCAGAUAUUAGAGAUUUAGAAGUUGGUAUGGGGGGCAUGUUGGAUGAAAAAGAGGGCAGAAUAGCCCAUGCAUCCCCGGACCUGAGCAGAGAAGCUCUUCCAUCUGACCUUAUGGAAGGCAGGGCCGGUAUGCACUCGAGACGAUCAAGCUGGGGUCACAGAAGUGGGACCUCAGAGUCGAUGGACAGCAUCGCUGUGCAAAUGGGAACUGAAGCUACCUGGGGAUCGAUUAGUAGUGGCCACGGCACAACCAGUGGAACUCAUUAGCGAACUGCAUUUCCACUUCCUGACACUAUUGGGUCUGAUCUCAACAGUGAACAACAACCCUGUCUGAUCUCCAAAUGAAGAACCAGCCUUUGUGUAACUUCGAGCUGGAAGGGCAUCAGUUCUUCUGACGUGCUUCCUGUUUGGUGUUUUAAGCAAAGAAAAUGACAGAAGAGCUUUAACUCUAUGGCCUGGAUUAUCUAUCUGCUUGUAUAUAUUAUUAUUGGAUCAGUCUGUAAGAAAGUGUCCCCUGAUUGGUUUGCUGCAUGAAUAUUUCACGCCUGUAAUUUCUUAGCCUUGAUUUUAAUGUAAUUGUUGUUAUCCCUCUA